AUGAUUAAAAAAUUUCUUAAUAUUGAUAUUAUAGUAAUUAAAGAAGAUAAUCAUUUUAAGAUUAAUGAGUUAAUUAUUAAUGAUGAUUUAAUCUGUAAAGUGUUUGAUAAACAUCAUCAAAGUUGUAGAUUUAUAACCAAUGACUUAUAUUCUGCUAUAUUUAGUUUUAUUUGCUCACAAAACAAUAAUAUUCAAAGAAUUACUAAAUUGGUAAGUUUUAUCUAUUCACUUGGAGAACCAAUUAAGUAUAAAAAUAUAACAUUUAACAAAUUUCCUAAAUUGGAUAAAUUAUUUGAUUUUGACUUAUUAAAGGAUAAAAAAUUUGAUUAUAGGGCAAGAUAUGUUGUUGAUGCGGCUAAAUUUUUAAAUGAAACACCAGUUGAUAAUAACAAUAUCUCUGAUUUGUUAAGGAUUAAAGGUGUUGGUCGAAAAGUUUUUGAUUGUAUCUGUUUAACUUCACUUAGAAAAUUUCAUUUAGUACCAAUUGAUAUUCACGUGUUUAAAUGGUCUAAAGUAUUUUUUAAAUUAUUUUUUAACAGCUUAACACAGAAGAAUUACCAACAAAUACAACGUGAAUGGUCUAAUAAGUUUGGUCGGUAUGCUGGAAUAGUUCAACUGUUUAUUUUUAAAGAAUCAACUUUAAAAUAA